CGACAAAUGUUGUGGUUGUGGUAAGCGCACCAAAAAAAUCGCGCGGAUGUACAUAUAAAUUCGAUGAGGUUCAAUGUUGACCGCCAUUUUAGACGUGAACAUUGAAGAAUAUCCAUUGUGGAUAGUAAUAAAUUUAAAAUGAAGUGUUUUUGGGUAGUGUUGGUUGGAUUUUUGAGUUUAUCAGCAGCGAUUCCUGUUGAUUAUGAUAUAGAUGAUGAUACACCGAUAGUUUUUGUUGAUGGUGAUGAUCUUGAUGAAUAUGUGAGGUCUAGUAGAGCUGCAGCCAGGAAAGGUGAUGCUGGUGGUAAAUAUUCGGGAUUAACUGGUGCAUAUACUGCUGGUUAUGGUCAAGGCCAAGGUGUUAGUAGUAUUGGAAGUGUUGGAGGAGGAUUCAGUGGUAGUUCAGCAACUGUAACCGGAGCUGGUUAUGGUAAUGGUUAUGGAGGUGGUAAUACAGGGCAUAAUCAUCGCCCUCAUCAUGGACAUAAUCAUGGAUAUCCUGGUGGAGUAAAUGGAGGUGGUAAUGGAGUUGGAGGAGGAUAUGGAGGUGGAUACGGCGGUGGUUUUGGAGGAGGUGGAGGAGGCGGCGGCGGCGGCGGUGGAGGUGGUGGAGGAGGAGGAGGUGGUCAAGGAGGCGGCGGUGGAUAUGGAGGAGGACAAGGAGGCGGAGGUGGUUAUGGAGGUGGGUUCGGCGGUGGUAAAGGUCAAGGAGGUGGAUAUGGCGGCGGUAAAGGUCAGGGAGGUGGUUAUGGAGGCGGUCAAGGCGGUGGUUUUGGAGGAGGUUUUGGGGGUGGACAUGGUGGUAAUAAUGGAUACCCUGCCGGCCCAGGUUUUGGCAGUGGAGGUGGGAAGGGUGGUGCUUUUGGUUCAGCAUCCGGAAGUGGUAAUUCAGAAUCUAGCGCGACAGCAAACACACAAAAUUUUAACAAUGGUGGGCUUUCUGGUUCCUCUUCUUCAGCAAGCGCGCAUAGUGUUAGUCAAGGCGGUGGUUUCGGAGGUGGGUAUGGCGGAAGGCCAGGUUCAGGAAGUACAGCUAUAGCAAACGCAGUGGCACAAUCAGGGCGUUGA